AUGGAAACUACAGAACGAGAGUUGAUCAAAGCUUACACAGGUUUUCAGACGUUGAAUAUACCCGCAGAACAACCUCGUGUCGGCGUUGCUACUGGUAACUGGGGUUGUGGUGCUUUCAAUGGCGAUGUAGAACUAAAAGCAAUUAUUCAAUUAAUGGCUGCUUCCGAAGCACAACGUCCAUUGGUUUAUGUUACAUAUCGAGAGCAAGCAUUAGCACAAUUGUUCUCGUCAGUUUGGGAUCAUUUAAUUGAUCAUCAAGCAACUGUCGGUCAUCUUAUGCAGCUUUUGGAAAUGUAUAUCAAGAGAGAAUUCUAUACACGAAUGGGAUUAUUCGAGUUUAUUAUGGCAGAAACAAGUGCACAGCAUAUCCUGAAAUCACGUGAUUGA